ACUUCCACCUCCACAGCGAGAGAGAGAGUGAGUUGGCGCCGCGGAUCCCCAAAGCCCUAGACGGCCCUCGCCUCGCUCCGGUGGCCAUGGAGGCCUCGCUGCUCCUCCGCACCGCGCGCCGCCGGGAGCUCGCCUCUCCUCUCGGGACCUCAACAUAUGCUGCGAAUGUGUGCUCCAGAUGGGGUGGUUUUGCAAGAACUUUCAGUGCAAAGCCAACUGGGAAUGAGGUCACUGGAACUGAUUCCGGAACAACUAAGUCGUGUGGGGUUAUGGAGGGAAAGGUGGGGCAGACAGAUUACACCGAUGAAAUGUGGACCAAAGACCGGGAGGAGAUAAAACGCAUGAAGGCAGAGUACGAGGAGCACAUGAGGACUUGCCGCAAGCAGAUGGAUGCGUUUUUUGAACUUGAGAGACUUGCAGAGCACUUGGGCACGAGGAGGACCUGGAGGAGGAGGAGCCGUCGUCGUUGGGGUCGACUUCCGCAGAAGCCGCCGCCGUCGUCGGUGAGUCACCGAAGAUGUUGAGGAGGGCCUCUUUUUAGAUUAGGCUUGGAAGGCACAGACAGAAAAUAUAGCACUAGCAUUUAUCACAAAUGUUUCUUUAGCACUGCAUUUCUUUGUCAUCAGUAUAAAACUUAGCACAAAACAUUUCUUAUUCAUAAACUUUAGCACAGAACAUUUCUUUGUCAUCAGCAUAGCACUGCAUUAUCCAAACAUGUGUUUGUCACAAAUGUUCACUCCAUUUAGAUUGAAUUCAGUGUGAGUAUUUAUCAGAGAACAAUUCAGAGAGGCAAUCAA